AUAAAGAAUGCUGAUGGGAGAACCAUUUUUCUAAUUUUCAAAUUGUCGAGCUGGUUGCCAUGAUGGAUGAUCAGCAAGCUUUGAACUCAAUCAUGCAAGAUUUGGCUGUCCUUCAUAAGGCCAGUCGACCAGCAUUAUCCUUACAGGAAACCAGAAAAGCAAAAUCUUCAUCACCAAAAAAGCAGAAUGACAUCCGAGUUAAAUUUGAACACCGAGGAGAAAAGAGAAUUCUUCAGUUCCCCAGACCAGUUAAGCUGGAAGAUCUAAGGUCUAAAGCUAAAAUUGCCUUUGGACAGUCUAUGGAUCUACAUUAUACCAAUAACGAG